AUUCUUCACGGGGAGCUGUAAGACUCUUCAACCGACUCUCAAGAUCUAGAGACGACGCCUGAACGACCACAUCGGGUGCUGCAGAUGGAGAAUUAUGCUCAACCUGCAGAGCUUGCAGCCAUUCGGCAGAAGCUCAUAGUCAGUGAAGGCCGGGUGAAAGAGCUGGAGAAACAGCAGGAAGUGAGGAAAGUGGCCUUUUCUGCCUCUCUUCUGACAUCUGGUGAAGGUAACACACACGAUUCUGCUCCACUCAUCUACAAAAAUGUCUUUACCAACACUGGAAACCACUACAACGUAAACACAGGUUACUUCACUGCACCAGUUAGAGGAGUGUACUACUUUAGAUUUACUGGCCAUGUAGCACACUCUGGACACAGUAUGAGGAUGAGUCUUUUCAAAAACACAACUUCCACAGUUACCAUAGGUGACCGUCCCACCACGAACACAGAUCCUGAGGACAAUGCAUCCAACGGUGUAGUGUUGCAGUUAAAAGUGGGAGAUGUUGUUUCGGUUCACCUUGCAGGACAAGUUUGGGAUGACCAAUACCACAGAACAACGUUUAGUGGUUUUCUGCUCUUCACUUUGUGAGAUAUGACAAUGACAGACAUGAGAGCUACAAGCAGUUUGUGUAGUUUCACCAAUGUCUCUGAAUUCAUUAAAGAAUCUUAA